GGAGUAGCCGCAAGCAAGCAGCCAGUAGCGGCGAAGCAAUUCACGGGAAUAAAUUAAUGCGGCUUGGGCUGUUCGCGGUCAGGUCAAUACGAGCACUCCACCUCCUGCUGCCCACGCAUCCGUAGCCAUGAUGGAUACACCGCCGCACCAACGGUAGCUGCGGCGGCGGCGGCGGCGGCGGCGGCGGCAGAGGGAUGAAGAACUUCCUCAGGAAGCUCCACAUCGGCGACUCCGCCGGCGACGGCGCCUCGUUGCCGUCCGCACCUCCCCCGCCGCCCUCCAAAAAGGGCGGCGAGCAUAAGCACGCAUCCGGAAUAUCGGGCUGGCUGAGCUCCGUGACGGGGCGACCCCACUCGCCACCGCCGCCCUUACCGGCGCCUGCUGCUGCAGCGGCGGCAGAGGUGGAAGAGUCAGCGUUGGCGGCGUCGGUCGUGGAGAGGAGGGCGGCGGAGGAGGAGGAGGAGAAGGCAAUGAGGGAGUCCCGGAAGGAGGCGGAGGAGGAGAGGAAGCAGGAGAUGGGGGUGGAGAAGAAGGAGAAGCAGGAAGCCGAACUGGAGGAGUACCACAUGCAGCUGGCGCUGGAGAUGAGCGUGCGGGAAGACCCCGAGGCGAUGCAGAUCGAGGUGGCCAAGCAGAUCAGCCUCGGCUCCUGCCCACUCCAGAGCUCCCCCGCGGAGGUCGUCGCCUUCCGAUACUGGAGUUUCAAUGCCCUUAGCUAUGACGACAAAAUCUUGGAUGGUUUCUAUGACAUUUGUGCUACUGGAGACAAGCCCGCGUUAUUGACCAUACCCUCCCUGAUGGAACUGCAAGCACUGCCUUUUUCACAUGGAGCCAAAACCGAAGCUGUAUUGGUCAACAGAGCACAAGACUCUAAACUCGUUGCACUUGAGCAGAAGGCAUUCAUCAUGGCUGUGGAACUUCACUUGAAAUAUUCAGAGUUUGUUGGCCACGCUUUGGUUCAGACACUAGCUAAUUUAGUUUCGAACUGCAUGGGUGGACUGGUUUUUGAUCCAGAAAGAAUGUUGUUGAAAUAUCAAAGUAUGAGCAGCUCAUUGAGAGUUGGUAUAAGAAGUGCGGUUAUGCCUCUUGGCCGGAUAACAGUUGGUUUGGCUCGUCAUCGUGCACUGCUUUUUAAGGUUUUGGCAGACAGCCUUGCUGUUCCUUGUCGAUUGGUUAAAGGAAGGCAGUACACUGGAUCAGAUGAUGGAGCUUUGAACAUUGUGAAACUUAAUGAUGGAAGGGAAUACAUUGUUGAUCUCAUGUCGGAUCCUGGUACUCUCAUUCCUACAGAUGUUGCUGACCUGGGUAGAGAAUUUGAAGAAAGUUUCUUAGCAAAUAGUCACCCUGAUACCAAAGAUGACAGUAACACUCAGUUGGGGUCUUCGUUUAGUGAAGCUUCAAGUUCUGUGCAUGGUUCUUUUGAGCACGAGUUACUUGAUAAAGGGUCUAUACCUAGCAUUGCCGGGCAUUCUGAUCCUUAUAAAGCAACAACUGGGCACACUGGCAACCAAUUAUCUGUGGUAUCGAGUUCAUUUGAGGAGCUAUCAGUCAGCACAUAUGCAAGUGGAAAUAUGCCUAUUGUGUAUGGAUCUAUAAAUACAGAGCAUACCAUGACUGCAAAAGGCAAAGAAAAGUCGCUCACAUCAAAUAAUUCGUCAUUAAGUUCACCUCCAUCUUCUGAGACAGGCAGUGCUCCUGCUGUACGAAGGAUGAAAGUGAAAGAUGUCUCUGAGUAUAUGAUUAGUGCUGCGAAAGAGAAUCCCCAGUUAGCUGAAAAGAUCCAUGCUGUAUUACUUGAAAGUGGAGUUGUGCCACCACCUGACUUAUUUUCAGAAGAAUCUAAGGAACAACCAAAAGACCUUAUUGUGUAUGACACAUCUCUGUUUCAAACGAAAGAUGAAAUGAUAAGGAGGAUGAAUGAGCUUGAAUCCACAUCACAUGUUGGUCGUGGUCGUGGUCAUGGUCCUUCAUUACCACAUCAUCCUGGAUAUGAACUCCAAACAAAGGUUGUUCCUUAUCGGAUGCCUCUGGACCUUAAGCCUGUUCAGGGAUUGGGUAUUUACCAUUCCUUGGAUUUCCGGGAUAACGCCACUCCCUCCAUACCUCUGUAUGAACCAUCUGCUCCUCCCCAGGAAGAUCCAUUACAACUUAUAAAGCAAAUGCCUGUUACAGCUGCUGCUGUUGCAACAGCUGCAGUGGUUGCGUCUUCGAUGGUUGUUGCUGCAGCUAAAUCUAACAGUGAUAUUAAACUAGAUGUUCCAGUGGCAGCUGCUGCCACUGCUGCUGCAGUUGUUGCAACUACUGCCUCUGUUAACAAGCAAUAUGAAUACUUGGAUCCUGGUUGUCAAUUGCUUAACUUGCCAAGUUCGUCAAAUAAAUCAAUCCAGAAAGGUAGACAUGACUUCUGGGAUACUCAUCAGCUGGAAACAAAUCAUGGACAGGAUAAUGCCCUUGAGCAAGAAAAGGGUUCGGUUGAAGCGCCUCAGGAAGCCGAGCGAGUCUCUGACAGGUCAACUGGGACGGAGAGUGCAAGAUCUGAAAUUGCUCUAGAUGGCAUCGCAGAGUUUGAAAUCCUGUGGGAAGAAAUUACCCUUGGAGAUCGUGUUGGGCUAGGAUCUUUUGGAGAAGUGUACAGAGGGGAAUGGCAUGGGACAGAAGUCGCGGUAAAGAAAUUCUUGCAACAAGAUAUUUCAAGUGAUGCUCUGGAAGAACUUAGAACUGAGACAGUCAUAUGGAUGCAGAACUCACAUAUCUUCCAUUUGGCUGAGGUGCAUAUAAUGAAAAGAUUGUGUCAUCCUAAUGUUGUUCUUUUCAUGGGUGCUGUCACUCGUUUACCUAAUCUUUCUAUCGUGACUGAAUUUCUUCCAAGAGGUAGUUUAUUUCGGUUGAUCCAUCGGUCCAACAACCAGUUGGGUGAAAGAAGACGUUUAAGGAUGGCACUUGAUGUGGCCCGUGGUAUGAAUUAUUUGCACAAUUGCACCCCUGUCAUAGUUCACCGAGAUUUGAAAUCUCCAAAUCUACUCGUUGACAAGAAUUGGGUUGUGAAGGUUUGUGAUUUUGGUUUAUCGCGUAUGAAGCAUAGUACCUUCCUUUCCUCAAGAUCCACAGCUGGAACAGCAGAGUGGAUGGCACCUGAAGUACUUCAAAAUGAACCAUCAGAUGAGAAAUGUGAUGUUUUCAGCUAUGGGGUUAUAUUAUGGGAGCUUUCUACAUUACUACAGCCAUGGGAAGGUAUGAAUCCGAUGCAAGUUGUUGGAGCUGUUGGUUUUCAGCAACGACGUCUCGAUAUUCCAGGCGAUGUGGAUCCUGCUGUAGCAGAGAUAAUUGAGAGAUGCUGGCAGACGUUAGUAUCCUUUUACUUGCUGGUUUGCAAUGGUGUUUUGAAAUUUAUAUUUUAUACAGCAGAUCCAAGGUUGCGGCCAUCAUUUUCAGAGAUCAUGGCUGCUUUAAGACCGUUAUUGAAAAACAUGUCUGCUAACCAACCUACGAGAAAGCGGGCAACAGAUGAUUGAGAAAAGAAAAUGGGAUCAUUAUCAGCUGACGAUGUAAACUGGUCUGUCUUGCCUUUUUUUUGGGAGGUCUGUCUUGCCUCCGACUUCCAGCAACUGCCCAUCUGUCACUACUAUUAUUACCUAGGCAAAAUUAGGUGGAUAUCAUUGUAAAAAUAUUCAUAUUAGAAAAUAUCAUCGGAUGUGAGUAUGACAUAUGGGCUCAAGGUCAACAUGUUAUUCUUACAUCGAUAGUAUUUCUCAAUUUUUGUGAUUUUUGCGAUAAUAUCCAGCAAAUUGUCCCUAUUAUGUAUAGUAACGUCAAAUGCGUAUUUGAUGAAAAGGGGAAAUUUUGGUCUUCUCCCCUCCCCCUUCUAAAUGCAACUCUAGAUUCUCCAAUGAAGAUAGCAUACUCUGCCAAGCAUUUAGUCCAUCUUGUGAAAGCCAGCCUGAAUAACACAAUCCAUGAAACAGAAGAAAAUAUGGGAAUAAAAAAAUUGUGAAAAUUGCUGCAUAAUAAUGAUGUGGGCUCAAUGGCGUAUUGGAGUCAGGAGUUGACGUGCCAGGUAAAACAGUAUCAUCCUCUUUUGUUUAGUCAGGCCUUUUGUUGUCAGUCCUCAACCUAAUGGUGCAGUAUCCAUAUUUAAGGCUCCAACAAGGGCUGGAAUAUUUUUAGUCUAUUUUAAACUAAUAUUUUAAUAGUAGUAUGUGAGAAUCUAAUAUUUUAGGAAGUAGUCCUUUCGGUCACGCUAAAGAAUUUGGCAUGACUCCCGCCAAGAAGUUUGAUGUGAUCAAGGAGCUACAUUGGCACUCACCUGAUGCCGUGCCACGUGUUGUGCCGAUAUGAAAGGCUUGAGUCGCACCAUGGGUCUUGGCGUGAUUCUUGUUACGCUAAUAUCUUUGAUGUGACUAAGCUGGAUAUAGAGGCCGCCCCGGCCUUUCUUUUCCACCGGUCCUCAUCCUCCUCCUGAUAACCUUGCUCUCUCCCUUAUUCAACUCUAAAUCCAUAGUUAAAUCCAUUGAUUUCGGACCAAAAUCAAAGGAGAUUUUAUGAGGGAUUGCUAAGUAAAGGUAAAUACUCCAUUCUAUUCAUUCAAUUUUAAUUUUUCCUGUACUUUUAGAUGGUUUCGGGCAACCUAGGGUUUGAAGAUUAGGUGAUGAAUUUUUUUUAGAUUAACUAUUGGUUGUUUAUUGUUGUUCAAUGCUUAAUAUAGCAUGUUUAUUAUUCUUGUACGUGAACCAUUUUACUCUCGUAGGUAGUGAUGCGAAAUUGACCGUUGAAGGUGUAGUGCAUAGGAUUUGGUAGUGUUGAUUAUAAUAGUAUUUGUUGCAUGUUAAAUUCGUAAUGGAUUUGUAUUCGUGUAGUUGUACGUUAUGACUUCUAAUUUAUGGUGGACGCAAAAGUGGGCAAAUAUCAACAAGAAGUAUCCCGAUGUUAGUUGCAAAGAUGCCUUUGUUCCUCCUGUCCUCCCCGUCUUGACCUGUGACUAUGGAGUGAGAAAUGUGCUACUUCUUUCAAUGGAUUGAUGUGCCUGAGAUGUAUGACCUGAGGAUCCCGAAGGUGAAACUGUUUAUUCGGUAUUCGAAGUUAUAUGAUAAGUUUGUUCAUUGAGUUCCUCUUUCACAAAAUCCACAAAAAAUGAUGCAUAAAGAGAAGUUAGAAUUAAGGAAACAAUGUGUAGAGGAUCCUUCGUUAUGCAACUGUGGGAAACGAAGCGUGCUUUGUGAACCUUCUGGGGGAUCUGUGUACUUCCGUUGUGAAGGGAUGACAAAGCGUAAUGGUGCUACUUAUAACUUUUGGGAUUUAUUGUAUGGUCCCGAUGGUAAAUGGAUAGAGGAGGAAGAUGAUCAAGUGAAGAGGAAAUGGGUCAAGAGGACAACCAUAGAGGGUCAAGAGGCAGCGACUAUGAUGGUGCAAAUGGAGACAAUGAAGGCUCUUAUAGCUAAUUUGCCUAUGGUUAUCUCGGACGAUGAUGAUGUUAAUGAUGAUGAGUUGCUCUUUGAUGUAUUGGAUGAUUAGCACGAGGGGUCAGUGUCGAAUAUCUAACUAUGGGGUAUAUGCGCAUAAAGAAUAUAUCAUAUAAGAACAGAGUAUGU